GGAUCUCUGACAAUGUUGUCAUAGGUAAAGAGCCCUUUGUUUCUGGUACCCGAAAGGAGCUUGGAUGUCUGGUUGUGAAUCUCACCUGCCGUGGCUGUUGCUCAGAAUUAGGAAUCAUGUACAUAUCAACCCCAAAAAAUCUUGAUUACAAGAGAUCUCUUUUCUGCUUUAAUGUUGAAAAUAUUGAAAGUUAUAUAGUCGGCGGUCCAGGCCAGCGGGUGCCAGAAUUAGAUGGAGAAGACAAAGCAGUGACCCUGGAGUACCAGAACAUUGUGGAACAGCAGAUGACAGAGAUAAAAUCUCUAGCUGUGAUAAUAGGACAACGCCUACUGGAGAUUGAAAAUAACCUCCAGUGCAAUUCUGGAAAAUGAUAUGAGCUGUCUGUUUUAUGACUGAAGGUAAUAAUCCCAUGCAUCUGUUGUGAAUGAGGUUUGUGGACUCUUUAGUGUAAGAUAGUUUUGUCUAGACAAGUUAUGUAUUUAAGUGUAUUUACUAUACAGUUGAAUGCAAGUGAUACAUUUGUACCAUUUCCUACCUUUUAUUAAUGUUAAGCGCCACACAUUCUAAGAGAUGUAUAAGUACAGUACAUAGAUUUUGUGACAACUGUAAUGUUCUUUAAAAGCUGC